GUCACGCCGCACGCACGUUCGAACCUCCGAAUGUUCCAGUCCCAGACUAUCGUCGGCGCUCCGGAACACCUCCUCGCUGUCCAGAAGCAGGUUAAGUGACGUCAAAACCAGCCACGGAAGCUAUACCUCAAAAUCUUGGUUCUGUAGGUCAGCCACAAGGGCGGUAGGUGUAGAGCUGUUCUUGUUCUCGGAGUUCGUCGAAAUAGAGCGAGUGAUGUCCUAGCAAUGUGCACGUAUUCGGGGGGGGGGUUGCUCGUGGAAAGCUUUUCCGAAAGCGGCACCUGUCGGCGCCUAGCUUUGCUCCCGUAGUUGCACGGCUGUGCAGAAAACAAGAGUUACUGCCCCGUGAAUUCCCCAGGCGGCAUGGAGCGUAU